UUUUGAUCGGGCCCCGUUGGGGGCCGUGAGGGGCGGCCAUGGAGGCGAGGCGGCUGCGGGUGCAGGAGCUGCGGGACGAGCUGGGCCGCCGCGGGCUGGACACGCGCGGGCUCAAGGCCGAGCUGGCCGAUCGGCUGCAAGCGGUGCUGGACAGCGAAGGGACUCGGCUGGGGGACGCGGCGGGCGCUGAGGGCCGGUAUGGCCUCGACAACCACAGCCACGAGUCCCAGGGGGGCUACCAGGACCCGCAGGGUGGCUACCAGGAGCCCCAGGGUGGCUACCAGAACCAGCAGGGUCAGCAAGGCCACGAGCCCCAGGGCUACCAGCCCUAUGAGGGUCAGGAGCCCGAGGCUGAGCCGGGCUACGAGAGGAGAGCCCUGGAGCAGGAGCCUCCAGGGCUGCCCCCAGAGCUGAAGCCGCCGGACUCGCAGCCUGACUCGCAGCCCCCACCCCCCGCCCCCCCCCCAAAUUACCCCGUGCCCCCUCCCCCCACCUUCCCCACCCCCCCCUACGGCCUGCCGCCCCCUCCCCCCGCCUUCCCCCCCCCUCCGGGGGGCUACGGGGCGCCCCCCCCCCCCCCCUCGGGCUACCCCCCUGCCCCCAACUACAGCGCCCCCCCCCCAAAUUACAGCGCUCCUCCACCCAAUUACAACGCCCCUCCCCCCAAUUAUAACACCCCUCCCCCUAAUUACAGCGCCCCUCCCCCACCUAAUUACAGCGCCCCCCCCAAUUACUCGGCGCCCCCCCCCGCCUUCCCCACCCCCCCUCCUUACGCCGCCCCUCCCCCCGCCGGGGGUGGGGGCGGGUUUGGGGGGGGUCCCGACCCCGCCCCGCCCCCCCCGAGCCGGAAGCGGCCGUUCGAGGAGCAGCGGGGGAGGGGCUACUAUGAGCACCGCCAGGAGAAGAGGGCUCGCUCCCCGCAGCCACCAGCCGAGGAGGAGGAGGAGGAUUUCGACGACUCCCUGGUGGCCGUGGACACCUAUAACUGUGACCUGCACUUCAAGGUGGCACGGGACAGGUACAGCGGGUACCCCCUGACCAUCGAGGGGUUCGCCUACCUGUGGUCAGGGGCCAGGGCCACCUACGGGGCACGGCACGGCCGGGUCUGCUUCGAGAUGAAGGUGCUGGAGGAGAUCUCGGUGACACACCUGCCGUCCUCAGAGCCCGACCCCCACGUGGUGCGGGUGGGCUGGUCCUUGGAUUCGUGCAGCACCCAGCUGGGGGAGGAGCCCUUCUCCUAUGGCUACGGCGGCACCGGGCGCAAAUCCACCGACGCCAAAUUCCAGAGCUACGGAGAGACCUUCGGGGAGAGCGACGUCAUCGCCUGCCUGGCGGAUUUCGAGGCGGGCGCCGAGGUGGAGCUGUCGUUCCAGAAGAACGGCCGCUGGCUGGGCGUGGCGUUCCGCGUGCCGCGCGCGGCGCUGGCUGGCCGGCCGCUCUUCCCGCACGUGCUGGUCAAGAACUGCGCCGUGGAGUUCAACUUCGGCCAACGGCCCGAGCCCUUCUGGCCACUGCCCGCCGGCUUCACGUUCAUCCAGCACCUGCCCCUGGGACAGAGACUGAGGGGCACACAGGGGCCAAAGAGCAAGGCUGAGUGCGAGAUCCUGAUGAUGGUGGGGCUGCCGGCGGCAGGAAAGACGACGUGGGCAGUGAAACACGCGGCUGCCAACCCCGGCAAGAGAUACAACAUCCUGGGGACCAACGCCAUCAUGGACAAGAUGAGGGUGAUGGGGCUCAGGAGGCAGCGGAACUAUGCUGGGCGCUGGGACGUGCUGAUCCAACAGGCCACACAGUGCCUGAACCGCCUGAUCCAGAUCGCAGCCAGGAAACGCCGCAACUACAUCCUGGACCAGACCAACGUGUAUGGCUCUGCGCAGCGCAGGAAGAUGCGGCCCUUCGAGGGCUUCCAGCGCAAAGCCAUCGUCAUCUGCCCCACGGACCAGGAGCUGCGCGAGCGCACGGUGAAGCGCACCGACGAGGAGGGCAAGGACGUGCCCGACCACGCCGUGCUCGAGAUGAAGGCCAACUUCACGCUGCCGGAGGCGGGCGAGUUCCUGGACGCGGUGCAGUUUGUGGAGCUGCAGCGGGACGAGGCGGCGGCGCUGGUGCGCCGCUAUAACGAGGAGGGCCGGAGCGCGGCCGCGGUGACCGCGCUGAGCGCCCCGGAGCGGCGGCCGGACGCGGCCGGAGCGCGGCCCCAGCCCUUCCGCGGCCGCCCCGCCGGAGCCUUCCCCGGGCGCGGCGCCGGACGCGGCUUCCAGGGGCAGCGCGCCUUCCGCGGGGCCGGCAGCGGCUCCGGGUUCCCCCGGGGGGGUUUUCCCCCUCCUCGCUGGGGCGGCGCUCCUCCCCCACCCCGUGACGCCCCUCCCCCUCCCUCGGGGCGGGGCCGCCCCCCCGCCCCUCCCCCUGCCCUGCCCCUUCCCCCCCCUCCCCCGCAGCCCCCCGGGGGGAGCCCCCCCAGCGCCGCCCCUCCUCCGCCCGCAGCUGCCUACGGACAGGGACAGCAGAGCUACGGGCAGAGCUUCGCCCCUCCCCCCCCCGCGUGGUUCGGAGCGGGGGGAGGGGCCGGGGGCUUCCCCCCUCCCCAGCCCCUCCCCCACCCCGGGCAGGGGCUCGGAUACCAGCAGUACCAGUUCCCCCCGAGCUGGCAGCAGUUCUACCCCCAGGGCCCCCCCUGGCCCCCCUUCCUGGGCUCCUUCGACUCCGGCGCCUCCCAGGGCGGCACCAGCGCCCAGUGACCCCAAACCCCCCAAAAAUACCCCAAAAAAGCC